GAAAAGAAAAGAAAAGAAAAGAGAGGGAAGUAACGAGUGAGAAAGAAUUCAGGAAGUGUGUUACGGCUUGCUCCCGGUUCAUCACGGGAUUAGUGCACACUUUCUGGGUGAAGUGUUCAGGGAUGUAGCAUGCGAUGUCAGACUCGAGAGGCUGCGCAUGGUAACGCCUACAUUAAGCAGCUUGGCUCGCAACUCGCGCUCUUCUCGGAAGCCGAAGCGAGUUGGGUUUCAGAGCCUCGUGGAUCUGGGCCGGCCGCUGCCGAGGCAGCUAGCCGUCUCAGGUUCGUGGGAUCUCUUAUGGAUCCGGAAGAGGAGCCGGAGACGAGCGCUGCUCUCUAGACUGAGGUCCAGACUGAGGAAAUGGACAUUAGCCACACGAAGAGCCCUAACACAAACUUUUUGCGCACUAUAUGUCUACAAUGGGCUUAUAGUUGAUCUGAAAAAGUUUUGGGUUUGAGUUGAGGGUAAUUGCUUUUCACUGGUGAUUGUCUUAUUAAUUUAACCAUUCUUUACCUCCAUGUUGAAAUAUGUAGAUCUUUUUUCUUUUUCUUUUUGAAUGAGUGAUAUUUUCUGUUUUCCCUAAAUAAUUGGCAAAUAAAGAGUUUAAAAGUCAGUCUUUCUAUCUCUCUUUUCCUUUCUCUCGCCCUCUUUCCCUCUCUCACUUCUUUCUCAUUCUCAUUUCUCUCUCUUUCUCCUAUCUCUCUCUUUCUCCUUGUUCUCUCUCUUUCUAUCUCUCGCUCUCUCUCUCUCUCUCUCUCUCUCUCUCUCUCUAUUCAUCUCAUUUCUCUCUCUCUCUCUCUCUCAGGGUGAUACGAGCAGUACCCGGUACCAGGUGGACCUGUCUGACGGAGUCCGGGCGAUUUAUCAGAACUUAACGGUGACGGAUGAACCGAUCCAGCAUCAUUACGAGAAGCCGGGUUUUUAUCGGGUCCACGUGAAGGCGGAGAACACAGCUGCUCACGAUCAGGCCAUGCUGUACAUCCGGGUCACACUGCCUCUACAGGAAGUCCAUCUGGAGGUGGUGCCCAUCGCAGGAAGGAAACAGGAAGUGAACCUGACCGCUGUGGUGCUUCCUGAGGACUCGAACCUCACCGUCUUCUACUGGUGGAUCGGAGCGGAGCUGCAGCCAAGGCUGACGCUGGAGAACAGCAUUCGCACCAGUUUUUCCGAAGAAGGCGAGAUCUCCGUCGCCGUCCAGGCAUCUAACGGACGCUCCACGGUGCAGGACAGCAAAACCGUGCGUGUUUACGAUCACUUCCAGGUCAUUCCUCUUAGCUUCAGUCCGAACUUGGAUCGCUUCAACCUGAACAUCCCGGAGUGGAGAGAGGACGUGGGAGAUGUGGUCACCAGGAUGCUGGCCAAGAUCACAGGACUUCCUCAGGACUCGAUGGUUACCAUGGUGAAGCCCGGGCUGCCAACCAGAGCCGACUUGUACGUGAUGCCCACAGGGUACACGCCCACUACGAGGAGUGGGUUUGCAGAUAAGCGCGUGUUCAGCAUAAAGCCGGCUCUGAGAGAGUAACGUCAGCUUCAUCGUGCGUGGUGGACUGAGAGUGCUGGUGACUCUGACACAUCCUGAUGCAGUGAGACAUUCGUGUGUGAUCGGAUCGGUGCUGUAAGUACCGGAUUCUGGGCUUUGGCUGGCAUUCUUCUCGUCACCUUCGUCACUACAGGACUCUUCCUCCUCUACAAGUUUAACA